UUACAUUCUGUUCUCGACGUCGCGUUCAUUGUGGGGAGCCAUUACCCUCGUUCGCGCUAAGCAUCGUGCCAUAUUCCCAUUCGCGCCCUAAUACUAACAACAUUCUCGUAGUUUUAAGUGAAAUAUUAUGAGAGUGAAGACCGAAAUGGACGACGACGAAAAGGGAAAGCUGUUUGUUGGUGGUUUGUCCUGGGAAACGACACAAGAAAAUCUGCAGCGAUACUUUGGCCGUUAUGGCGAAGUAAUUGACUGUGUUGUUAUGAAGAACAGUGAGUCUGGUCGCAGUCGUGGAUUUGGAUUUGUAACGUUUAGCGAUCCUGCUAAUGUCCCCUUGGUUCUCCAAAAUGGGCCGCAUCAACUCGAUGGGCGUACAAUUGAUCCCAAGCCCUGUAAUCCGCGCACUCAACAAAAGCCGAAACGUAGUGGUGGCUUUCCAAAGGUUUUUCUUGGUGGUUUACCAAGCAACGUGACGGAAACUGACCUGAGGUCCUUCUUCACUCGAUUUGGCAAAGUUAUGGAAGUAGUGAUAAUGUAUGACCAGGAAAAGAAAAAAUCUAGGGGAUUUGGCUUUCUCAGCUUCGAGGAUGAAGAUGCCGUGGACCGGUGUGUCGCAGAGCAUUUCGUCAACUUAAAUGGAAAACAGGUUGAAAUCAAGCGUGCCGAACCACGAGAUUCUUCUAGCAAAAUGAACGACAGUCAUCAGGGACAGUGGGGUCCACCGCAACCUGGUGGACCUCCGAUGGGAAUGGCUGGGAAUAUGGGGCCUAUGGGUGGUCCGAAUGGACACGUGGGUGGACCUAUGAUGGGUGGUCCGAUGGGACCGCCAGGGAACAUGAUGCAGCAGUAUCAGGGUUGGGGCACCAGUCCUCAGACUGGUGGAUACGCUGGUUAUACCACUCAGUAUAACUCUCAGGGUUGGGGUGCACCACCUGGUCCACCUCAGCAGCAACAAAUCCCACCACCGCCGCACCAUCAGUGGAGUAGCAGUUACAACGUCCAGCCUGCGGCAGCCACCCAAGGUUACGGAAGUUAUGGUGGGCCGGCGGCGGCCGCUUCAGGGGGCUACGGGCCCACGGCGGGUACUGGCGGGGCUGCGGGGGGCGGGCCCGGGGGUUCCUGGAACUCCUGGAACAUGCCACAGAAUGGGCCUCCUCCUGGGACCCAGCCACCACCUCAGCCCCCUCAGCCCAACUCCUCGCAGCCCAACUCCAACUCGAACCCCUCUGGCCCGCAGGGUGAUAUGUAUUCACGACAGACAACCGGCUCAGGUGCACCUGGGUCCAGUAGCAGUUCGGCUAAGACUCCGGAUUACACUGGGUACUCCGCAUAUGGUAAUUACGCUGACACCAGUUAUCCUCAGCGUUCAUAUCAGGGAGGAGAAAGCAACCAAGGUUGUACGCGUGGACGCAGCAGCAUAAUCUUUCCAUUAAACUGAUCGAUACGUCGGGAUGUAUAAGUUCUCGCCCCGAUUGCAUUUAAAACGUGUGACGACGAAUGUUGCGCGCGACGAACGCGACAUUCGCGCGACCGUUCUCGAUGAUUUCGAUCUCGAUAGCGCAAAUGUGACGACCACGGAACGUUUUUCGUUCUUAUCUUUGUUUUUUUUCUUCUUUUUUUUUUUUACUGUCUUUGCGUGGACACCACGAAAACAUCGCGAACAACGGGAAAAAAUAAAUAAAUAGAUCACGAGGGGAUUCGUAUGCGAGCGUUCGGCUUGCGGUGAACUCAUUUAAAAGUCAGUUUAUUCGUAUCGGAAACGUAUACAUAGGGUGCUCCAGAAUUAGUGUAAGAACCGGAAAUGAAGGAAAACGUAGUUGACGCGAUUCUGAACCAGAAUUUCCUUUGCAAAAAUAUCGUAUGGUGCUUCGUUUUUGAAUUAUUAACGAAAAACUACCGGACCAACCGCAGCGCUCAAGUAGCGCGCGCUCAGCCGCGAGAACAUAGGCUCGAGCCAUGAUUGGCUGGUUACGAUCGGGGCGUAGCCAGGUGAGCGCGCGCUAUUCGGGCGCUGUGAUUGGUCGGUGGUUUUUCGUUAAUAAUUCAAAAACGAAGCAUCAUACGACAUUUUUGCAAAGGAAAUUGUUGCUCAGAACCAUCUCAGCUACCUCUCACUUCCGGUUCUUACACUAAUUCUGGUACACUCUGUAUAUAUACACAUACAUAUGUAUGUACAUUUCGAAUAAAUUGGUAUACACGACGGAAAGAAGACGAGAUUCGAGACGACACGAUAUACAGAGGAUGUAUCGUUAUUAAUAGGUACAAUCCGUUUUGGGGUGAAUUCAACGCGCCAAAAUGAGAUAAAAAUCUCUAAGAACGUGAAUCUUAAUUGACUCGGUUUUAAAACUCGACUGUAACUGGGAAACAAGGUCGCGCGAAUACGUCUCGCUUCUUAGCUAUUCAAUCAAAUUUUACAAUGUGUAUACUAUCGUUUAGAUAAGUGAUUUUACGAGUGCUUAUAUACUCUCUUUUAUCAUUUUGUGCCCUUUGAAUUCACCCUCGAAGUCACGCGCACCGAUAACGAAACGCUCUGUAUAGUAUUUACCGAGUCCUGUAUGCGCAUGCACCUAAUCUUUACCAUAGAUAACUGUUUGUACUUUAACGUGUAAUAUUUAAUGUCUCGAUGUGCAUCUUAUCAUAUAAGUACGUAGAAGAGUCGCGUAGAGAUAGAGGUCGCGUUUACAAUUAAAGGGAAGAAAGAAAAAAAAAAAGAAAUAACGAUAUCGACGAGAGAUCAGGGUCGGCUGGUGGUUGGAACGAAUUUUUCUGAUGAAACCCAUAGUCCGUGUUAAGAUUCCUUAAUUUUAUUUGCUAAGAUAUCAUACGUUUAAAUUAGUCCGAUGUAAUUGAUGUCCCGAGCCACGACUGAAUUAAAGGUGACGAAAAUAGUCGGUUCGAAAAGGCUGAGAAGAAAUAAUUUCACUUUGCUCAUUCCAAGAUGUCGAGUCCCUUGAAACGGUCCUAAUAAGACUGACGUUCUCGGACAGUAAUUAGAAAAAAAAAAUAUCACACGAACACACACAGACUUACAUAUAUACACGUACACGCAGAGAGAAACACCAAUAGACAAAUUGUACAGUAAUAUACGUAUGUUGUAUUGUAAAGAGAGAAAAAAAAAUCGAUCCUAUGGUAAGUUCUAAUUUCGCGUUUAAAAAAACGGUACUCUUAGCUCGUUUAAUUGUUACGGUACAUUUCGCUGAGCAAAAUACGUCCAACGACCACUGCCCGUUUAUGGAGAGAAAAAAAAAACAGAUUAAGCGAGAAGACACGGACUCUUUUUCGCCCGCGCGUUGGGAUAAAUAAAUUCCCGCCAUCGAUCGAAGAGAUCCGCGAUCGAUGGCGGCUCGAGGGUUCGCGCGAAAACGAUGGAUAAAAAAGACGAAGGAAAGUAAGAGAGAUACGAUGAAUCCAGUGUACCUUAGGUCGCGUUCGAACGCGCCUCUGCUUUUUCUCCUGCGACACCCGGUACGCCGAUUUGGAAAUAUUGCCGUGCCACUUUUAGGCUUAGGAUUAUGAAAACGUGAAGGGACAAACGAAGAUGAAAAAAAAAUAAAAAUAAAGAAAUAAUAGAGAGGGAGAGAAAACUAUUAAAGAUAAAAAUGAAAAAGUGUCAAAGUACUGCUACGACUUAAUCGAACUAUUUACUACUAAUUACGACUAGUACCACUUAAAAAGAAAACGAUAAAACUGUACUGUUGUUGUUAUUAUUUUCUAUUGUAAUUAAUUAAUUAAUUAACGAUCACAGAUUACGAGCAACGGCUUUACUAUUCUUCUCGGGAUAAGUGUCUAUAUCUUUAACAGCUUCUCGAGGCUAACGGAGUCGGCGAGCGCGUUGUCGGCGUAGCUUAAGUUUGUAAGACCGCGUAGCGUUUAAUUAAAUCAGUCGACAGCGAGGAAGAGAGAUAGAUUGGGGGAAAUGACGAGAGAACGAGUGAGAAAGAGAUAGCGAGUGAGACAGCGAACGAGAGAGGCAAUUUAAUCGGCGAGAAAAUAAGAGAAUGAGAGAACGAAUGGAAGACGAAUCGCCUGCGAGCUUGCGAGCGAAUGGUAGUGCAAAAGCGAAGACGGGACUUGCAGCUAAUCGUAACAAUUAGAAACGACGGACGGGUAGAUAGAUAAAUAAGCGUAGUGAAAACAAUUUAACCAGAGAAUUAUUACAUUAACGAGCCUCGCGAGGCAGCGGGUCACUCCUCGAACUACUAAUUAGAUGAGAAAAAAAGACGCCGUUUUUUAAGGUUAUCGUCGACUAUCACAUUUAUUAUUAAAUAAAUAGUUAAAGGCUAUCUAACGUUUAACGGUCUAGUUUACUCGAUAGAAGGGGAUUAAAGGGAAACUCGUUACCUCCGCCUAAGGAUAUAGAUCGUACGAAACGAGGAGUUAAAAAAAAAAUAAUAAGCUAAGUACUACGAGAUAGAUUUCACGGGUAGGGGGGUGGGGUAUAUGAUCAAUAAAUACACGAAAGUACACCGAAAGUGCUACCAGGGAAAACGGAAAAUUAAAGCUAUCGUUUAUAUUCGGAUGAGGAGAUCAUAGUGCUAAGGGAUGACGGACUUCAUUUUGAACGGUCGGAUCCUUUCGGUUUCCUAUAUUUUCUUUUUUACAUAAACUGAAUACUCGUUUCAUUGCACGACUCGUUCGUUACGGAAGCGGUCCAGGUGAUUUUUUCGUGAUAAAUUUAAUUUCAAGAAAUCGCAAGGUAAUUAGUAAAAGCUAUACAAAAAGUUUCGAUUCAGACAGAGCUAAAAUUUGAAGAAUUGAAGAAUUUCUAUUUGAAAAAUUAUUUCCGACACUUUCAACCAUCAAAUUUCCACCCCUUUCGCAACGAACGACUCGUAAUUUUGUUCACUUGGACGCUGCUUACGGAUGUUACAAUGGCGUUUCGACGAAACGGCAGGCUCUUUGAAUGUGUCUUAAAACCACGCGAUCCGCGGUGCGAUUAGUAAUCGUAAAGGGAGAAAGAAAGGGUUGUCGAGACUCAAGGGAGUGAAUGGGUGAGUGGAGCGCGUGACUAAGGGAUGAAGAAGAGCGAAUGCGAGAGAGCCCGGAGCGACGUUAUAGGUAAAUCGAUAUAAUUAUUGAUUAAGGGAUAAGUUGUGUACAAAUGUAUUAUAAAUUAAAGAUUAUCCUCAGAGUACCUUAAACGCAGAAAGACGAGCGAAAAAAACGAGAGAGAUAGAAAGAGAUACACACAAGAAAGAGAACAAACUCAAAACCUCAAUAUUAUGUAGAAUUCUUCUCCCCCGACUUGUACCAAUGUAAGAUCGUGGUUUCCGGGCCGCGAGGUACGGGGAACACGCGUAGGAUCAAUAAAUAAGGUAUCGAUUAAUUAUCUAAUUAAUUAAUUAAAGCGUAUAAACUCGACGUUAAGACCGUUGCUUAGGGACGUAUUAAAAUAGCGGUGGGGAGAAUGUUUUUAACGUAAACAACAAAUGCCAACCAUUGUGUUCUCGUGAGAAUCAUAAUUAUUCCGUAACUCUUAAGUGAAAGACAAAAGCGUAUCUAAGUCGUUGAUUAGUCGUUGUAAUUUUAAUUCUUUCGUUAGAGAGCAAGACGUUAAAGGGAGAACGGGAUAAUGUACGUGGGAGGCUGAGAACGUUAAAUUGCCCGAAGGGAAAAGUGACGAGACCGCGUGUGUCGAAUGAGAGGAACGAUCGAGCAUGUGCGUGGACGAUGAUCGCGGUAAACGACCGACGAGAGCGAAAGUGGUGCGCGUAUCCUACACCGUGUGAAUCUGAGACUGCACGAGCGAUACUUGGACGAAUAAGACAGCGAUUUCCAAACUUUUCGGUCGACACUAUUCGCAUAACGAUUACAUUAUUUUUUUUGUUUUAAAUAGUCUUUAUCUUUUAAAAUAUAUAUCUCAGAAUUUUAUAUAAAUAGAAGCUAUAUUUCACUCAAGAAAAAUUACGCUAGAGUAUUAUUAACUAGAGAAAAUAGUUUUAAAGACGUCAAUGAAAUGGUGCACGUUACUGUAAAAUCUAUUUCUAUUUUAUAUCUCCAAUUUCUACUUUUUCUUUUUACGGGACACACGUUCACAUCGCAUGGUUGCACAGUUUGCGAAACGCUGGAUUAAGGUGUGAUUGUCGCGAAGUGCUCAACGAAGUGGAAGCGAGUGAGAAUGUAAGCGAAAGUGGACCGAACAGGUGUGAAAGGUUGUUCGAAGGAAGAGUCGGCGUAAUUGCGAGAGGAGGGCGUGUAGAAAAAAAAAGAAAAAUAAGUAAAAGGAGAAACGAAUUUUCGACGCGAAACGACAGAGACACACAGUGACCGUGACACACUAAACACACUCUAGUAAUACAAGGAACAUAGUUUGUACGGGACGUACAAGUUGGACGCGUUCAGCGUCGUACCAGGUUUAAGGUUUGCCAAAUCUCUAUUAAGUAAAGACACGCGAGACAAUGUAAAACUUUAUUAAGCUGAAUUACGUAUAUAGUGCAUAUAGGGAGUACUUGCAUUAAAAGAAUCAUAGCUAAACCGUUAGUGCUUAUCGCGACGAUGUGAUGAAAAAGUGCAGGCGCAAUAUUUCCAAAUCGAUCAAUCUCCCUCCCUUCGCGAUCAUCUCAGUUUUCGUUGGAUAUCUCUCGUAAAUGGUUCGUCGAUAUAUAUCGCGAUAAAAAACACGGACCGAAGCGACACUCGACGAUUCCGGUUCACUUUUCCACCGUGAUCGUUUCUAAAGAACGCCACCUUUCGGUACAAACGGAACGUCGAUAUCGGGGAAUUAUUUUCUGACGACACGGAGAUUCUAUAAAAGCACAUCUAACGAGAAAUAUUUCUGCCAAUUUUCGUAGGAAAACGUGGAUCUAUAUAGAAAUGAUACUAUCCGAUAGGAUACUAUCAGAAUUUGCUUGCACUAUUAUUUUAUUAAACUGGUGUAAUUACAGAGAAAUGUGCCAGAAUGGAAUUAGAAUCUCUGGAAGUCGGAUGAAUGUCGCUGUCGUUGCGCAUACGGAGUUUUAAAAAAUAUUCCUUUGAAAGUGGCGAGUUUUUAAGAAACGACGUACACUUUGCAGGAUAGCACCUAUAGAUAAGCACCUAAGAUUUCUCAAACACUAUCCGGAGAAACAAAGUAAACGAUUACGUCUUAGUUCAUAUAACAUUCCCGAAGCAUUUCGUGAAAAUGCAGAGGAUAUCGACGUUUACGAAUCGCAAAGGUGGCGGGUGCAUCGGUUGUGCGUCAAUUAUUCCCGCGAUUGAUUCGCUCGUAGAUUUUGUUCCCCCGAUUACACGCGUGCAACGCGAUACGCGACGAGUGAGGGAAGGGAGAAAGAGGCAGAGACCAGCGAAAAGCUCGGGAAGUAGUUUUAAUAGCGUACUAACGAUCGUUGACUAAUUUUAGCGACAUUAGUUUAUCUUGAUAAGAGCGGGGGAACGAUUGGCAGAGAAAGGAAUCGAUCGACCGAGGAAAGCUUGUAGGUAGCCACGAAUUGUUGACGAGUCGCGAUUACGGAUUAUCCAAGGGAUUAACCCUCUAUAAUCAAAAUUACGUACACCCUUCUCACAAAAUUAGAUCGCUAAAUACCAAUAACGUUGUUGGAGAUACGAAACGGUGAAUUUUAAAAAAACACGAACUUUUAUCUACAACAUAAAACGAAUAGUAAUCUCGUUGUUACGUAGACAGGAAUAGUCGCAGAUGAAUUAGGUAAUUGGUAUUCGAAUCCGGGUACUCGCGGGGUUAUAGAGGGUUAAAGAAAGUGAAAACUGACGAGAGAACGAAACGAGGACUAGGGAACGCACGAAACGGAAC